AUGGUUGGCGCUGGCCCGAGAAUGAUUUUUCCCAGCCGCGCGGCGGCAUUGCCAUUGGUUCUUUUCGUUCAUGCUUGUUCGCUGCCGGCCUACAGUAAUGCUGUUGUCUUCAAUCGGACCCGGACCGGGGGAAAAACGCAGGAGAACAAGCAGGGAGAUCAUGCGGAUGACGACCACUUUUCGUCCGGUGAAGAAACCUUCUGGCCAACAGUGGCCACCUUUCUACAAACGCCAGACUUGGGCCGGUUGCGGCAGGCAAACCGCGCAACGGGCAGCGCCGCUAGCAUUAUAUCAGAGUGCACAACAAGCAGACGAACUCGUCGUGGGGUCUCCCUCGUCCUCAUUCGAAUGAAAUAAAGUGCAUGAACAGAAGUGGAGAAGGCCACAUGGACAGAUCAUGAACUCUCUCAUUGUAAAUUUUUAUUUUGCAUGACAAAAAUCCCAGGCACGGCCACGGCUUUUAGUUCAGCAAAUGUCUUGAAAUUAUAAAAAUCGUCCGAGCUGCUGCUUGUCAUCAUACUGCGAAGUGAGUCCUCUGGUGCUAGAAUGAUAGUAUAGCCGGAGAUCUUGCAAAAAUGCAAAGACUUUUUGCAUGAAAAAAAUGAGGGACAGCUGACAAGGAGUUCAUCUUCUUGCGCACGGUCAUACAGCAGGGAGGAGUUGGAAAAGCGCGGCGACAAGCCAGACAUGUACGGCGAAGACGGCGAUCCGGAGGAGGAGGGGGUUUUCGGUGCUGAGUUAUGCAUUGCAAAAGUAUCGUACUAGUAUAAAUCGCAUGACAAAUUCCCUCAGCAUGAAAAAUGGAAUUUGUAAUGCGGAUUUAGGUUAGGACGGAGAUUUGUCAUGCAUGAUUGCGAUUACUACGAGUACGAUACUUUUGCACAGGAUAUGAGUGGCGGAAAAACAAUUCAAAUUCAACAUCACCAUCUCCGGCACCGAGCACGCAGAGCACGCAGGCAAGUUUUGCGGAAAUUUUCGGGCUGGGGCAGGAGGACCAGGACCAGGAGUACCACGCGGGCGGAGGUUUACAACCACCUGGGAUGUUGAUGGCCUCUUAUGGGUCAGACUCGGAGUAG